AUGGCACUCUACGACUCGGCAUUUGUUGUCUUUGAUGACUCAGUCGAGAAGAUCUUUGGUACCUCUCCAAGCCUAGAGCUGUUACAUGAAAACGCAGAGUAUCCAUUCGCACACGAGGCGGGCGUAUUCGUCCAAGAAGACAAUUCGUUAUUUAUAACCAGCAACCAGUUUACAGAUCCACGUACCGAACUACGUCGUAUCCAAAUCACUCGUGUGUUGCUCGCUAAUGACGGAAAAAAUGUUGAAUGCGAAGAAAUUAACCCAGAUCAUGUGCCCAUGGCAAACGGGGGCGUGAAUUACAAGGACGGCGUGCUAUUCUGCGCCCAGGGAACACAAGAUCGUCCAGGAGGUCUCGCAUUCAUGGCAUCCAGACCACCAUAUACGUCUCACCUAAUGCUUAGCUCCUUUCAUGGAAGAGAUUUCAACUCGGUAAACGACGUAGUCAUUCACUCAGACGGCUCCAUCUGGUUUACUGAUCCCAUCUAUGGGUUUGAGCAAGGAUUUCGGCCAAAACCAAGGCUACCGUGUCAAGUCUAUCGAUUCGACCCUGCGCGAAACUCGGUUCGUGUUAUAGCUGAUGGGUUCGGAGACCAAAUGGACAUCGUCAACCUCCUGUUACACCGUAAUCUCAAGUCUGUAGCUGACUAUACGAGUAGUUAUGCGUUCGACAUUGUCAAUUAUUCUGGCCAGCCAUUCUUGACCAAUAGGCGCGUAUUUGCCAUGGCGGACACUGGCAUCCCGGACGGAAUAAAAUGCGAUGUUCACGGGAACGUAUAUAGCGGCUGCGGCGACGGAAUCAACAUCUGGUCAGCGGGUGGUGUGUUGAUCGGAAAGAUUGUUAUAGAUGGCGGUGUUGCCAACUUUUGUUUCGGGCGUGAGGGCACAAUAUAUAUUUUGAAUGAGCAUCGCUUGUGGCGGGCACAACUAGCAUCUUCUACGAAAGGCGCACUGCUCGGUAUAUAG